AUGCCGGCGGCGGCCGCGAGGACAGGCGGGUCCGGGCCGCCGGCGGCCACUGCCUCCGCGCUCCCUCACGCCGGCCUUUUCGCCCGGCGCCCGCGAGCCGCCGCCGCCGCCGCCGCCGCGGGGACCGACGAGCGGGCAGGCGGGACGGGCGGGGCGGGAGCCCGGGUUGUGACGCACGCGACCGCGGGCGUGCGCGCCCCCGCCGACCGCCGGCCCCCAGUGCGCGUGCGCCGCUGGGCCGCCCGCCGGUCCUGUGCAGUCUCGGGUCGAGUCCCGGGAAUGAGUGGUCUACGGCUUAAGGGAGUCUUUGGUUCUUCCCACUCAGCCGGCAAGACCUUUCACAUAUUGUUUCAACAUCCGACCAAGCCUUCCAAGUAUUCCAGGAAUCAGCCCAUAUCCAGAAGAACUGUGUGUCACUCCCACUGCACCAUCACACCUGGGGAUCUGCCUGUUUCAAACAAUCCUACAACCAACCCUUUGGAGUGCCUUCAUUCAAGCCUGUCCAGCUACACCACUAGAGGUUACCAUGGCAACCAAACCCACAGACAGCAGGUAACCGGGAAACAGCUGCCACCAGAGGAAGAGAAACACCCAAACUCCCCCAGACUCCUCUGGGAGCCUGCUCUUGGCCCAGACCUCCCAGUGUAUAUACCUUCUGCCCUCUGAUACCCUCUGCAUACUGGGAGUGGGGGAAUGGACUCAGCCCAAGCAGCAACACCUCCCUCUUCUCUGCCCAAAAGUGAUCUCUAGGCCAUUCCACUCCCCUACCUAUCUCCUGGAACCUGUUGGUGAUCUGACUACCCCUGCAUGCCAGCCCCUCUGGUCCAGUCUUCCCAGCUCAUUUAGCAUCUACCACCAUCAGUUUCUCUUUUGCCUCAGAAGUGUUUAUGAGCCUCUGGGACAGGAAUGCUUGGUGAAAUGGGCUAUGUUUUCUCUGUCAUCACCCAAGCUGUCCCUCAGCCUCUAUAAUGCCUCCCUCAUGUGGCCACUGCCUUUGGUCCAGGAAGUCUGCUCUAUUUUAACAAGCAUCCAUGCCCCAGGAUGGAGUUAAUUCCCAGGCCACCUGUUUCUGCACCUGUGAGUCACCCUCUCCCCAGGACACUGUGUCCCAAGAAAGUAUCAGUUUCUGCAGCGGACCUUGGGUCAGCCUCGGAGACCCCUCAAGGAAAGAACAGACCCUGGGAAGCAAGGGAAAGGCUGGCUGGAGAGCCAUAGGCCUAUAUGCUCACCAGAGCAGAGAAAGCAGAAAAGAGAGCCCUCAGAGAACACCUGGUCCUGGGGCGUUCCCAGUACCUGUUGGGACUCUCUGCCACCUGUGGCCUCACUCACAGGCCAGUGGCCCAGCUUUGACCCUGUAGUGCAGACAUGCCUCCUGGAGCUUGGGCCAAGCAGUCCCAGGACAGCCUCUGAUAGCAUCACAACCCUUUCUUCAGGCCUGUGGACACCCAGACAUAACUCUGUCAUCUGCACUCUAUUAUCGAUCUGCCAGUGAUCUUGGCAGAUCAGCUUACCCGGUCUGAGCAUUGGCUUCCACAUCCAAAAGUGGGGUAAAAAUGCGUGCCCACUAAACAUCGAGUUACAUGGAGAUAAAGUAAUAAGAAUAGGGGCGCCUGGGUGGCUCAGUGGGUUAAAGCCUCUGCCUUCGGCUUAGGUCAUGAUCCCAAGGUCCUGGGAUCAAACCCCGCAUCGGGCUCUCUGCUCAGCGGGGAGCCUGCUUCCCUCUCUCUCUCUGCCUGCCUCUCUGCCUACUUGUGAUCUCUGCUUGUCAAAUAAAUAAAUAAAAAUCUUUAAAAAAAAAAAAAAAGAAUAAACCCAUGGAAAGGUUAGAAAGGGCACAGGGGCUUCAGCCUCAAAAGAACUGUAGAUAAAGAAUUGUAGGUGGAGAUAGUAUGACCUUACAACAGGAAAAUGGCACUACUGUUGCUUCUAAUAGGCUUGUUGCAACAUUCCACUCGCUGCCCCUCACCUUUGACCCAGUUAUACUCUUCUUUGUGCCUGGGUGAGGCUGUUAUCACCGGCUGGUUGUUUUAACACCUGCUGUCUGGCUUCUAAAUGCUGCCUGUGACAGAGAAAUUGUUGAGGAGGGCCCCAGCCCUACCCCCACCCUCACCCCCAUCACGGACAGCAGAGAUAUAUCAGGAACAGGUGGCAUUUCAAAGUGCAUCAUAAAAAGGAAGUGCCAGCCAGGAGGGACUUACUUACCAUCUGCUCUGCUCCCUUCACAAAUACGUCUCCUGGGGCUUCCCUAUUUGACUUAACACCUAUCCAACAACCAAAGGAGUAGAAAAAUCUAUCACCACUAACAUCAAGGAAACGAAACAUUCCAUUUUAAAAUGGAAGCUGUUUCAAAGGGCAAAAUAGCCAGACGCAAGGACUGUAAAAGUGAUCCUGAGCCAUGGGAAUGGCUGUCAUUUGGCUAGAAUGCAAAUGCACUCACAGGGGCUUUCAGGCAAAGGCUGAGGUUGCAGGAUUAUCUCAAGGACAGGGUGCUGCCAAGAGCUUCAAGAAACACUUAUGUGGCCUUCUCCAAACCAGGGAGAGAUUAAAUAAAGACAUCCUGCAGCAUUAGGGAGCAGGCAUAGCACUGAAUUAAUCUUCCUAAGCAGAGGGCACAUAAUUUUCAUCUCAGAACAAUGUUAUUUGUUGUUGUUUUUGCUUGACCAUAAUUCCUUUCUGGUCAUCCAAGAAUAUCUUCCCAGGAAUAAAGUGUCCUUCCUUAAACCCCCAAAUCUUUAGCUUCCUGCCAGGCUGGCCAAGCCCACUCUCAGAUGGGGGUGGGUCCUUUCCCCCUCAUCCCCUUAUUCAAGUAAUGGCACUAAAGCCUAAGUCCCAGGGUCUCUCUGCAGCUGCUGCAAGGUGGGAUGUACCAGCAGAACUCUAACUGUGACUGCCAGGUGGGACAAUGCCAGAGAAGCCCAGCUCUGGUAGCCUCACCAGCCACCAGACAAGGACAAAUUAACUGGGCUCCCUUACCUCCCCUGGAUGUACCUGUGCAUCACCAAUAGCCUAAUUAACAAAGCCCGGCUGGUGACAUCAGAUCACAGUGACCCCCAAACUCAUGAUAAGUCAGGAUUGCUUCUGGCUUUUAGAACAAUCAACUCUCUGUUAGCUCAGGGCAGAGAGGUGAAGAGUGAAAGGAAGGGCUGCAGGCUUGUACUGAGGGCUAUGGGAAUAGUUAGCAAUCAAGCUCCCCCACUUCCCCAUCAGGCAGUUGCUGCUAGGACAGUCAGGGAAGGCUGGGCUAGCCUAAACUUCCUCCUCUUCCUCCUCCUAAAUCCCCUGCCUGGAGCCACCAAGAAGGAUACCAGAUCCCUGACAACCUCCACCAAAGCCACAGGCUGCCUGCUGAAGUGACCCAGAAUCGAAAUAAUUUCACACAAUGCAAAAAUUAGAAACAAUAUUUAUUGUUUCCUGUUAAAAUAGGGCGCUCUCAUGAGAAAAGAGUGUGUGAAAAGAGCCUUUCCUACACCCCAAGCUUUGUCACUUAUCUCAGCAGGCUAGAACUGUUGAUUCAAAACCCUCCUCACUGUGUAGGAGGGAAAGCUCUCCAUCUACUCCUGGGAAAUUAG